AUGGACCCAUCAGACGGCCACGACCCCUCAAACGAAACCGACUACCCAACAGAACAAACCCCCUUCCUUCGCAAAGGUCCUCACCCCCCUCCAAAACCCCCUUUCACCCCCAAACCAACCUCCCAACAACUAUGGCCAACCCUCCUAACAGUAGCCUCCCUCGCCCUCCUCUUCAAUAUGGGAAUGCACAUCAGCGCCGCUCCUUCGUUGGCCAUUUUGCAGGGUAUCAUUUGUAGGAAUUAUUAUGAGAAAGGGGUUACCGACGGGUUGGGACCGGGAGGACUGGGAGGAUCAGGAGGAGGAGGAGGAGGAGGAGGACUAAGCUUUGAAGACGACAGGUGCAAGAUUGGACCUGUGCAGAGCGAGGUUGCCGAGGUUAGUGCUUGGAAGGACGUUUUUGAGAUAUUACCUGCCGUCGCCCUCGCCAUCCCCUGGGGUGUUCUAACCGAUCGCAUCGGCCGCAAAAAAGUCCUUCUCCUCGCCCUCUUCGGCCUCUUGCUAAACGAAGCAUGGGCUCGACUCGUCUAUCGGUUCUCCGACAUCUUCCCCGUGCGGGCGGUCUGGUUCGGCGGCCUUUUCCAAGCCAUCGGGGCGGGAAGCACCAGUUUUGCUAGUAUUGCAUAUGUCCUGGUGGCGGACGUUUGUCCUGCUGAGAAGCGAUCAACAGCCUUCGGCUACCUUUUAGCGUCCACCAUCAUCUCGCGUCUCAUCUUCGUCCCCGUCGGCGGGUACCUCAUUUCCAUUGACGUCUGGCUUGCCAUGUGGAUUGGGUACUUGGUUGAGGUGCUUGGGUUUGUUGUGGCGGCGGUUUUUGUGAAGGAGACUUUGCCGGUGGCUGCUGCUUCCGAUCCUUCUUCCCCCUCUCAGUCUGAGCCUUUGACCGGAGCAGAUAACACAGACAGUUCCACCACCGACUCGACCAAGAAACCGCAGACAGUCAAGGAACAUGUGGAGCAUUACCUCGAAAAGGCGAAAGAGGCGGGCACCUGGAUGCUUCAGAACCCGAAGAUCGUAUUAUUGUUGAUCUGCUUCUGGCUGUACAUGAUGGGCGAGCAAGCAGAAAUGCUCCUCAUGAUCCAAUACGCAAGUAAGCGGUUGGGGUGGUCUUUUGGGAAAGCCUCCCUCCUCCCCUCCCUAGGCGCUCUAACCAACCUCCUCACCUUGAUUAUCCUCCUCCCCUUUUUAUCCGUUCUCCUCUCCCCCUCCUCUCCUUACUUCCCCUCCCUACCCUCCCUCCGCAUGUCCGAACCUCGCAAAGACACCCUCCUAGCCCAAGUCUUCGCCACUUUCUUGACUCUGGGCUGUUUCCUCAUCGCCGUCCCCAUCCCCCACUUUAGUUUCUUGGCUUCCGGGGAGGUCCUCUAUUCAGCUGGCGCCGCUUUCGUUUGUACUUAUGGGGCUGCUAGUGUGGGCAGGCCCGUGGCUGCGGGGUUAUUUGGGGCUGGACUUAGAUGGGGAGGGAGAUAA